AUGCAACUAAAUGAAGAACAAUAAGAAAAAGAUAAUGAAGUCGAUUAUUAGAAUGUUUACAACUCAAAUUUGUUUCGUAAAUUAACAACUCAAUAGAUAAGAAAGAUUCUUAAUCCUUACAAGUAAAAUGCAAAAGAAGUUUUAUAAGAAUUAUCUAAUUAAAUUGACACCUUGGAAGAAGGAUUGAAAAAAUAUCAAAAUGAAAAUACUAUGAUACCACCUAGUAAAUAAUAGAUUUUAGAUAUUCUUUAAUAAAAUACUGCAUUUACACCAACUGAAUCCAUUUAGUCAUUAUUAUCAGAGAAAACUAAAUUAAAAACUAGUUAUCUUCAUGUUGAUAAUUUGUACAUGUAUAUUUAGUAAUAAAUAAUAUUUAGAAAUCAGGAUGAACAUAUUCCAUAAACUAAAUUUGAAAUUAUGUAAAUGGCUUUAUCUAAUAAGACAAUUCAAAAACAAUAAAGAAAGGCAAUUAAAUCAGAUGAUUUAUCAAAAAAGAGAAAAAUUAUUUUGCAAAUUUAAUAGAGGAUAAAUUAAGAUGAAAUAAUUAGAAAGAAAAAAGAAGAAGAAGAAAGAUUACGAUUAUUGGAAGUACAAUUUUGUUAGAAAUUAGAAAUAAGCUAGAGAAGUAGAUGUAGGAUAAUUGACUUUAAAUAUGAUUUCGGAUCUAAGGAAAAAAUAUUUUAAUGAAUUAGUUUCAACAGAUACAGAAGAAAAGUUUAAGAGAAUUAAAGAAAUUAAAGAAGUUUAUGUUCCAUAAUAACUUAAUAAAGUUAAAGAAGGAUGUAUAUCAUUAAUAAUAUGAUAAGAUCAAAAAUAAUAGUAAGAAAAAUUAAAGCAUGAUUUGGUAUCAAAGAAAUCUUAAUUCAAUUCAUAUUAUUAAUUACUUGCUCUAGAGAGAACUAUGAAAAGAGUGGUUGCUCUCAAACUCAAACCAGAAAUUAAAUCAUAUUCAAGAUUUAAAGGUGCUGAAAUCCCAAAGAAUUAUUCAUCUAUCAAUAGUAUUGUGAAAGGGAUCAUUCAUACAUCUAAAAAUUCAGAAAACAAAGGGUUUUAUUGA